GGGAUUCGGGAUUUGGGAUUCGGGAUUUGGGAUUUGGAUCUAUAAAAAGGUGGUUGAGGCCCUCGAUCGAGGGAGAGAGACGAAGGAGAAGAAGAGAUCGAUCGAUCGCGAAUUAGGGUUUUCUUUUGUUUUGGUGCUUGUUAUCGGCGGAGCGUGAGAUGGAUCAAGAGAGGACGAAGCGCGAAGCGAAGGAGACGGAGUUCCAAGCCCCCAAGGACCCGAUCCUCUGCGCCAACAACUGCGGCUUCUUCGGAAACCCCGCCACCGACGAUCUCUGCUCCCGGUGCUCCAAACUCCGCUUCCUCACCGAAUUGAAGAAGAGCAAGGGAAGAGGUGUUGAUGGUAGGGGCGUCAAAUCCGAGCCCGCGUGCGAAGCGUCGAGAGAAGCUCCGCGCUCUAGCAAGCCGGAGAACCGCUGCAGCUUCUGCAACAAGAAGAUCGGGUUGCUGGGGUUCACGUGCCGAUGCGGCGACGUGUUCUGCUCCGUUCACCGGUAUUCCGACAAGCACAAUUGUGGAUUUGAUUACAGGGGAGCCGCGCAAGCCAAGAUCGCCAAGGCGAAUCCGCUCGUGAAGGCCGAUAAGGUCGAUAAGAUAUGAUGAUAGGUUAGUGCUAUGCGAUUAUGCUUCGUUGUGAUUAUUAUUAUUGGAAUUAAGCUUUCAGGGUACUUCCAUUUAUUCAAUUCUGUACAGAUUGCUCAGUAGCAGAAAUUAUAGCUGGGUUAUUCUUAAUUGCAAGUAAAAACUGCUCGUAAUGAACUUUAAUUCUCUACUUUUAUAAUGUUCAA